AUUACAGAGCCUAUUGUUCAAGCCUGAAGAAUUCUUGUUUUCCUUUUUUUCCCACCUAACUUUACACUUGCUCUUUAGAUAUGUGGGGGACUGAAGUUAACCAAAUCGUUGAAAUCAUCAUAUUUUCAUAAUGGAGUCCAGGACCGAAUCUAAAAAUGAAAAGCCGUGGUCAAAGGAGACAGCCAGGCCUUCACUCCGCCAGUCACUACACAAGUUCAGCAGAAUGAUGAAUGACGAAAAUCAAGACGAAUUUAGAAAUGUCAGCCGAAAGCCAGGUCUGCAGAUAUGGACUAUCAAUAACAUGCAGAUGGUGCCUGUUCCAGCCCAAGGCUUUGGUAACUUCUUUGAGGGAGACUGUUACAUUGUUCUAUAUAUAAGUGAGAAAAAGGGCUCAGGCCGGUCUGCUGACAUUCACUACUGGAUAGGAAACUCCUCCUCUCAGGAUGAGCAAGGUGCAGCAGCCAUCUACGUCACCCAGCUGGAUGAAUACCUGGGUGGGAGUCCAGUGCAACACAGGGAGGUGCAGGGCAGUGAGUCACCCAGAUUCAAGAGCUACUUCAAAAAUGGCCUCAUCUACAAGAGGGGUGGAGUGGCCUCAGGCUUUCACCAUGUUGACACAAAUGCCUACAACGUCCUGCGAUUGCUGCACGUCAAAGGGAGGAAACAUGUCACAGCGAGAGAGGUGGAGCUGUCAUGGAACAGCUUUAACAACGGAGAUAUAUUUCUUCUGGAUAUGGGGAAAGCCAUAGUGCAGUGGAAUGGCCCCCAGAGCAACAGGAGAGAGAAGCUCAAGGCAGUGUUGUUGGCUCAGGACAUUCGUGACAGGGAGAGAGGAGGUCGUGGUAAGAUUGGUGUGGUGGAUGGAGGAGAUGAGCAGGACUCCCCAGAGCUGAUGAAAGUCAUGACGGCAGUGCUCGGCCAAAGAACUGGGCAGCUGAAGGAGGCCGUCCCUGACAACAAACUUGAUCAGGUGCAGAACAAAAACGUCAGGCUGUACCAUUUUUUCGAAAACAGCGGGAAUCUAGUGGUUCAAGAAGUGGCCACGCAACCUCUAACACAAGACCUGCUACACUCCUCUGACUGUUACAUUGUGGACCAGAACAACUCUAGUGUGAUGGUGUGGAAAGGCAAACAGGCCUCAAAUGAAGAGCGACGAGAAGCUCUGAAUAGGGCAAUGGGUUACAUCAAAGCCAAGAACUACCCAUCCAGCACCACUGUAGAGGUGAUGUCCGAAGGAGGAGAGUCAGCAAUGUUCAAGCACUUGUUCAAAUCCUGGAGUGAUAAAGGGCAAACUCAGGGCCUGGGUACCACCUACAGCUUGGGAAAGAUAGCUAAGGUUGACCAGGUGAAGUUUGAUGUGAUGGAGCUCCAUGCACGUCCUGAACUGGCAGCCCAGCAGCGCAUGGUAGAUGAUGCAUCUGGAGAUGUUAAGGUCUGGCGCAUUGAGAACGUGGAGCUGGCCGAAGUAAAUCCAACUACUUACGGACAGUUCUAUGGAGGUGACUGCUACUUGGUAUUGUACACUUACCAACGAGCGAACCAGCAGCAGUACAUACUCUAUGCAUGGCAGGGCCGUCAUGCCACUAAAGACGAGAUCACAGCAUGUGCCUAUCAGGCUGUCAAUAUUGAUAACAAAUACAAUGGAGCCCCAGUCCAGGUCAGGGUGGUGAUGGGAAAGGAGCCUCACCACUUUCUGGCUAUUUUCAAAGGCAAACUCAUCAUCUUUGAGGGUGGUACAGGUCGACCGGGUGUGGUAAGCCCUGACGCCGGUGCCAGGCUAUUCCAGGUAAGAGGGACUAAUGAGCUGAACACCAAAGCCACUGAAGUGCUGGCAAGGGCGUCGUCUCUAAACACCAAUGAUGUGUUCCUGCUGAAAACCGACCAAAUAUGCUACCUGUGGUAUGGAAAGGGCUGCAGUGGGGAUGAGAGGGUGAUGGGGAGAGCGAUGUCAGAUGUGCUGUCCAAGCAGGACAAGCAGGUGGUGAUGGAGGGUCAGGAACCAGCUGAAUUCUGGGUAGCUCUGGGAGGAAAGGCCCCCUAUGCUAGUGACAAGAGACUGCAGAGGGAGGAGCCUCCGCAUAGCCCCCGGCUUUUUGAGUGCUCCAAUCAAACAGGCCAGUUUAGGAUGACCGAGGUGGUUGAGUUCGCCCAGAGUGACCUGGACGAGGAGGAUGUCAUGCUGAUGGACACUUGGGAGGAGAUUUUCUUGUGGGUUGGAAGCUCAGCCAACCAGUUCGAGACCAAACAGGCGUGGAACAGUGCACAGGAAUACCUGAGGACCCAUCCAGCGGGCCGUGACCCUGACACACCCAUCAUCUUUGUCAAACAGGGUCAUGAGCCGCCCACCUUCACCGGCUGGUUCAAUGCAUGGGAUCCUCAUAAGUGGAGCGGAGGCAACUCCUAUGAGGAGAUGAAAAAAAAGCUGAGUGAUGCAGCAUCUCUCUCACAAAUCACUGUAGAGCUGAAAAACACUACCAUGAGUAAGAGUCCUACUGGGAUGGGUGGGGGUGGUUAUAGGGCUCCAGGUGGCCCUGUGAGCUCCCCUCCACUCUACAGGGGCCAUGGAGGCAAUUCGUCGCCCAGACUCUCUACUCCUGCCAGCCCAUCCACCCAAAGUAGCCACUCCUCUGUGUCUAUGACCCUGUCCCCUCCUUCAACCUUCACUCCGUCGUUUCCAGCUGGUGACACUGUGUCCCCCUCUGCUGGAGGCUCUGGGAUGUACCUGGACCCAGAGCUCCUCAUCAACAAGUCUCCCAGUGAGCUGCCGCAGGGAGUGGACGCCAGCCAGAGGGAGGACUACCUGUCUGAUAUGGAUUUUGAGAACCUGCUGGGCACGAGUCGCUCAGACUUCCAACGCCUGCCAAAGUGGAGGCAGAAUGACUUGAAGAAAAAAGCAGGACUUUUCUGAGAUGGACUUACUGUUGGAUUACAUGGAAACGUUGUCAAACCUGUCUCACUGUAAUGCGAAGAAAGUUCUUAGUAAAGCAAACUGUAAGGCAGCAUUUAGCUGUUGCUGAGAAAGAUAGGACUGGUACAGGCCUUAAUCAUGUCAUCUGAAUAUUGUUUAUUAAGUCAGAGAUAUUAUUUUCAACCAUCAAUGAUGUUAUAGUGAUUAAAACAGUCACAUAGAAAUAUAUAGCUUAACAUGAUUGUUAUUAAAAUCACAAAUUU